GGAUCUGUGUACGCAGCGACAACUAGUGCCACCGGCAACAAGGAAGGAGGAGGCGAGCAAUACCUGGUAGGUCUCUCCCUUGGAGUGUGAAUUUUCUGUACAUCUGUUUUUCGCUGCGGAAGCCCGCAAGAUUUUCUAGCGCUCACUUCUUGGUGUUUGAUUCUUGAUGUUUCGUGCACUGCUAGUCUCUGAUUGGCAAUGCUCACGUUCAGUACCAUCCUACCUUCUUCAACGAUGUCGAACGAAUUCUGCACCAAGUUGGAGUGAGGAAGAACAAAAAGAAGAAAAGAGCCAGUACGAGGAAACUUGCCAAGAAGGGCAAGAAUUCCAAAAACACCAGUGCUCCUACAAAAAAUCCUACAAAAGCUCCUACGAAAGAUACUACUAUCGCUCCUACUAUUGCUCCUACUCCUGAUCCCGGUGGCAGGGGUGACGAUUGCGACCCUGCAGAUGUGAAGCUUUUGGACUAUCCUCAAUGGGAGGCUGAGAAGGGUUACUGGAUUGGUGAAUACACAUUCUUACAGGGCGAUGGGAACCCUUACGAAUCGAGCCAAUGGAAUUAUCCCUAUGAUCACUACAAGGGAUUCAUCACUGGAGAAGUGGUCGGGUAAGUUACAGAAUUUGUCGGAAGACGGUCACGACAAGGUGCCCCUUCCAUUUUUUCGACACCGAGCGGUAUCCUUCGAGAGAGAACACUCACCAUUGUUUUGCACUUCUUAUCACUAUGCAUUCACUAAUUUUCACCGCUUUUGCAGAAACGCGUACCGCCAGAGAAACGUCUUCCUUUAUCCUCCGCAAAUCCCGUCCAAGUGCAAUCCCGAGAACGAAAAUAAUGUUAUCGGAGACGGAGAGUGUGGGGUGAAUGGAAACACCAAAGUAUUCGAAGCAGGUGCGUGCGGCAUUCGUCUGCUAUCCGUUGUUUUGUUGCACCGGCACGGCUUGAUCAUGCUUCGAUUCAAUCGGAUACGAGUCAUAAAAGAAAAACUAUCUCACUGUCUCGUGCCUUUUCCCCGUUAUGCUCAAUUUUCGAUGACUUGCAGACCAAUCCGCAACGACCUGUUCUUUGAACCCAGCACUCGGCGGGAUCAUCGAAGGUCUCUAUGUGCAGGGACCCUACGAACUUCCCACAAAGACCGAGCUCAUUGGAAGAGAAAAUGCGCUGUUGUACCAAGUUUUCAUCCCAGGUACAAUGGUGGGCAAGGAAGAAGACGUCCUCUUGCAGAGCCAGCUGACCACUAUCACGAAAAAUGAAGACAAGGUCUACCGCACCCGCACGGCCCAGUCGUUUGACACCUUUGUAUCUCCUGGUUUGACGACCUCGGCAUCGUAUUACCGUGAGCGAAGGGUCUCAAAGGAAGAAUUUUACGAGAGUCUCAAUAGUUCCAUUGCAGAUUACAACAUCCGAACCGAGGAUUUGUGUGUGUGGGACAACAGUGGCUUUCCCGUUGAGGGCGUAACCGGAUCCAUCGAAGCUUGCGAGGAGCACUUGGAAGAAUCGUUUCUUCUUGGGAGCGAAGAAUAAGUGAUCGAUUCAACAGCGAAAGCUUGAGGGUUUCUUAAUUUGGUAAAUACAGAACUUGAACAAUCACCCCAUGUCUUUCAAAUUGUGGAUUUGUUAAGAUUUCAGUGAGGAAUAAAUCCCUCAAUACAAGAUUAAAAUAAGU